AAAUAUUUUAAUGUCAUAAUUUUUUUAAUAUCAUUAAAACCUUAAUGCAUCUUCGGAAUUCUAAUCGGAAAUAAAAUACAGCAUCAGCGCCCAUUUUAUAACUAAAUGAACAAAAUAAUUUUUAAAAUUAUAUAUCUCCAGUGAUAUGCCUGCAUUUGAUGGUAAAAUUAUUAGUAAGAAACGAAACGGAAAAUUGCUUUUUCAAAUUAAAAAAACUUUUUCAAUUAUCAACGAACUGGAAUUAAGUUAUUUGGAUUCGCAGAGGUACGACCGUUUCCUUUUAUUGACAUUGGGGAUGAAGACACUACAUUGUAGUUCACUGGAAGGUCAAUUAGAGGAAGCUUUAAAGGAAAAUAAAGAGGUAUUGAGUGCUGUAAGAAUAGGAAGUGAUGAUAAAAAUUCAGGUUUAUGCAAUAGUAUAUCCACUGUAAGCUUAGUUCAUCUUCAAUAUAAAUAUGAAGAAUUACUUACCAGUCAUCGAGGUUUACUACAAGUUCUAGAGCUAAGAAACAAUGAAGUGAAGAAAUACUUGAGUGAGAAUCGGAAACUUCAAGAACAAAUACAACGCUUAAGCUAUGAACUAGGAGCCGCCCAAGACACCUUGAACUUUCUUAAAAGAAAAAUAACUGAUUUCAAAAGAAGAAAACAUCAGAAGAUUGUCAGAUUAAAGGCGGAAAAGCAUACACUAUCUUUAGUGCAUGAAAAGCUUGUAGCUAUGCUUCACAGGCAAUGCAUGGAAAAAAAUUCUUUUGUGGAAUCUCUGCUUAAGACAACCACAAAAAGUGAAAAGGCUUUACUUCUGCAGGAAAUAAAGAAGAAUAAUACCUUAACGUAUGAAAAUUUCCAGCUUCAACAAGAAAUUCAAUACCUAAGAAACAUCCUUAAUGUGUCAAUAUCUAGAAAGCCAUCUAAAGAUACAGUUAAAAGUUUGCCAAUUUAUCGGUGAAAUAAUCUAUUUUAAUUGGUUAAAUCUAGCAUUUAAGAAAAACAUUAUCAAUAAAGCAUUUGGGUAAUAUAAUAAACAAUGGUUGAUCGCUUAA